AUGUAUCUCUCCCAAUACCUCUUAGCAUUUGCUCUCUCCCUCGGCACAGUUUCGGCUGUUGAAGGCCUAGGAAAGAGAGCUGCCGUCUUUGAGAGACAACAAACAUGCGUAAUCACAGGAUGGGUUCCAGAAUGCCCGGGCCCCUUGCCAUGUGCUCCCCCGGGAGCAGUCUGUUGCGCCGACUCGACCUUUGAUGUGCCGGGUGGGACUUGUAAGGGCAGCACAGUGGUAAAGACUGUUGGCGGUGGAUCGAUAUCAGCACCACCUUCCACCAUCACCUCACCCCCAUCGACAGCGACGCAGAUGGAGACUUUCACGUACUUCACCUACGAGAUCACAUGGUACUACUGGUACUACUACUUCACCUAUAUCGCUGGAGCGUCGGUCACUGCUUCAUCUCAAAUCAGAACUAUCACCACAGUGUCGGUCCAUGCAACGAACUCAGUGGCAGCUGAUGCGCUCUUCACUUCGUUGAGAAAUACCAUCACUCUCCUGACGCCAACUCAGACGACUACUUCCUUCAGUGGCACGGUGCCUUCUUCAACUAGUCCAGCACCGACCACAUAUCCUGCACCGUCCAAUCCCCCCACACCGUCGUCUAACGGUACCACGACGGCAGUGAAUACAUCUGCAGUACAGUUUACUGGAGCAGGGGUAGGUUUGAGGGCUGGACCUGUGGCCUCUUGGGCCAAAUUGGCUCUGGGUGCCGCCUUUGUCGUACCGGGGCUCUUGAUGAUAUGGCUCUGA